AUGAGUUUGCAAUCGAAAUCGCCUCCAGCUAGUGGUAGGAGGAGGGUGGAAAAGCAUAUUGGACAACGGGACACUAACGGACCCAUAGGAUGGCUGUUGCGACUGUUCAAGUCCAUCAGCACCUUUGUGCUCAUCUUUCUGGAGCAAGGUGCCGUCCAUGGCUUAGCACAUCUUGGCAAACCCUUUCUACACAUACUGGAAAAGCUAUUCUGGUUGGCACUGAUCGUCGUAUCCAUUUACUUCUCCGUCGUAUUGAGCUUCGUGUCCUGGGAGCGCUACCAGAGCAAAAGUACAGUGGUGGCAAUCGAAAAAGAUCAUUACUACUGGAACACCUCCAUGCCUAGCCUUACGAUUUGUCCCCUGAAACGUAUUUAUCGACCAUAUUUAAUCAACUACUGCAGUAAAAAUGGCAUUUCGAAGGAAGAGGAUCAAACGGAGUUGUUUGAUUUUCUGGAAUCACUUGCCAAUUCAUCAUACUUUAACUUUGGAAGUAUUAAACACAGUGAUAAUGUGGAUAGCAUGCUUGAUAUGCUGCAAAUUAAACCGGAAAACUACAUGAAGAUCAUCUACAACCUAACACGCGAUCUGACACGCCUGGACGACACGGAACUGCGCGUCCGCACGCAGAGUAAUCUCGAGUUCUUGCACACCUAUCAAACACUCACCGAGUACGGCAUCUGCUACACCACCAACAGUUUCAUCUCGUCAAACUUAACCGCCAGUUUAUUGCUGACCGGCAAACAAUCACCGUUGGACGAUUUUUACCUGUCACGUGUCGUGCACAACGUACGGUACGGGAACCUCUUCGACGGUGACAUCACGUACAGCUUUAUUGGCUUUGAGCCACCGAUUACGAUUUUUUAUCACAGCCCGUACGAGACGCUUAACAUCGCCAAGUAUCAACCGCUCACCAAUGAAGCACACGAGUAUGAGACGUUUUCGAUUGAAAUCGUUACCACGAAGGACUUCAAGGAGGAUACCACCAUCUCUCAGCGUGGUUGCCGGUUUAACUACGAGUCCAACCUGACGCACUAUUCGAUCUACACUAAAGGCAUCUGUCUGCAGGAGUGUCGCAUCCAGCUGGCCAACAAGCUGUGCGGUUGCAUACCCCAUUUCUAUCCUAAUCCCGAUGGACCGAGGGCGAAGAAAGUGUGCCAUUACAAGCAGCUGAUGAAGUGCUUUCCACGCUACCAGAAAUUGUUCCUCGAGUUUAAGGAGGAUAACAACGACAAAAAGGGCAUUCCUUGCUAUUGCGAACAGAACUGUGUCGAUUCAAAGGUCAUCAUCGAGCAUAGACAGGUUCUGAAGCAAACGCAAAAGCUCAUCGGUAGCAUCGGUGGACUGAUUGUCGUGAAGCGCUACCCACUGGUACGGUUCAGCCGGCAGCUUCUGUUUACCUUCACCGAUUUGCUGGUAUCGAUCGGAGGAACGGCGGGAUUUUUCCUCGGCUUCAGCGUACUCGGUAUGGUGGAAAUAUUGUACUUUUUUACACUGCGGUUGGUGUGGUACGCAGCAGGACGCCGUUAA